CCGCGUCACGUGGUGCGAGGCGGGCAGCCAUCUUGCUACAAACACAAACAGAGAGGAGCGGCCGCCGCGGGAGUGCCAGCGCCCCUUCCCCUGCUGCCCCCGCCGCCCCCGGCCCGCCGCGCGCCGCCAUCCCGCCGCCCGCCAGCUGCCGCCCACGCCCUGUGACCGGAGUCUCGCGCCGCCUGCCAGCCGUGUUUUCCUGCUUCUCAUACUGGGACCCACUUUUCCUUUGCUCCUUGCAACCAGGACAGAAAGGCAAAGGUCAGCCGUGGAAAGCACCAAGGAGGGCCGCCUUUGCCACUCCCUGGCAGGGUGGGAGGAGUUGUGGAGAGUCUUGGAGUUGAUGGGCACUGUGGAGGUGCUCCGUUCCAGCCUCUUCCCCAGCCAGUGAGGGAACCCUUGUGCAGCCCCCUGAGACCCUGCUUGCCUGGAACCGCCAGGGAUGAGCUGCCUCCUGAGAGCCUGCUCUACUGGUCCUUAGAGGGACAGGCCACUGCCGGUGCUGCCAAUUCCGUCAGCCUCAGUAACUCUGACCUUACUUGUACUUUAUGGAAUUUUCCCAGAUGUGAAAGUCCCUUCCUGGGCACCACUGCAGUCAGACCAGCAUCCAGUAGUUUGGGGGCCCUGGUUUAUUCCAGCACAGGCUCCUACCUGAAGAGAGGCUGGUCCCUGCUCUACUGCUGCCCGGAAUAAGGCUGCCAGGUGUUUGGAGAGUGAAGUCUAAGUCCCCCCCAACCCCUGCUCACCUCCUGUGACCUCUAGGACACACACACCUCCACAAUGGCAGCAGAGACCCUCAACUUUGGGCCUGAAUGGCUGAGGGCCCUUUCCAGUGGUGGCAGUGUGGCCUCCCCACCCCCAUCCCCUGCCAUGCCCAAAUACAAGCUGGCUGACUAUCGAUAUGGGCGAGAAGAGAUGCUGGCCCUCUACAUCAAGGAGAACAAGGUCCCUGAUGAACUGCAGGACAAGGAGUUUGCUGCGGUGCUACAGGAGGAGCCACUGCAGCCCUUGGCGCUAGAGCCUCUGACUGAGGAGGAGCAGAGAAACUUCUCCCUGUCAGUGAACAGUGUGGCUGUGCUGAGGCUGAUGGGGAAAGGGGCUGCUCCCCCCCCAGGUGGCACCUCCCGUGGCAGGGGCAGUACUCGGAGCCGAGGCCGUGGCCGUGGUGACAGUUGCUUUUACCAAAGAAGCAUUGAAGAAGGCGAUGGGGCCUUUGGUCGAAACCCCCGGGAGAUCCAGCGUAGCCAGAGUUGGGAUGACAGAGGCGAGAGGCGGUUUGAGAAGUCGGCCAGGAGGGAUGGAGCACGCGCAGGGUUUGAGGAAGGCGGGGCUGGUCCAAGGAAGGAACAUGCCCGCUCAGAUAGUGAGAACUGGCGCUCCCUCCGGGAGGAGCAAGAGGAAGAAGACGAGGGCAGCUGGAGACUUGGGGCAGGACCCCGGCGAGAUGGUGACCGCUGGCGUUCAGCCAGCCCUGAUGGUGGCCCCCGCUCUGCUGGCUGGCGGGAACAUGGGGACCGACGUCGCAAGUUUGAAUUUGAUUUGCGAGGGGAUCGAGGAGGAUGUGAAGAGGAGGGACGGGGUGGAGGGGGCAGCUCUCACCUCCGAAGGUGCCGAGGGCCUGAUGGCUUUGAUGACGACAAGGAUGGGCUCCCAGAGUGGUGCCUGGAUGAUGAGGAUGAAGAAAUGGGCACCUUUGAUGCCUCCGGGGCCUUUUUGCCUCUCAAGAAAGGCCCCAAGGAGCCCAUUCCUGAGGAGCAAGAGCUCGACUUCCAGGGUCUGGAAGAAGAGGAGGAAGAACCUUCUGAAGGGCUGGAUGAGGAGGGACCUGAGGCAGGAGGAGGCUGCUUAGAAACUCAAGGAAAGCAGAUGCUGACAGAUGUGGGGAGGAACCUGGAAACAACAGGGCUGUGUCUUAAAGAUGGGAAGGAAAUGACCCCAUUGCCGCCUCCAGAGGAGAAGUCCAGCUCUUCAUCCCCAUUGGCUACCUUGGGCCCACUCUGGGGCACUAAUGGGGAAGGAGGCGAUGCUGUGGAGAAAGACCUGCCAGUUGCUGAAGGAGAUGAUUUGAGGGCAGUGCAGCUGAGUCCUGGGGUGGGCUCACCCCCUGGCCCGCCUGGAGAUCUGGAAGAUGAUGAAGGCUUGAAGCACCUACAGCAGGAGGCAGAGAAGCUCGUGGCAUCCCUGCAGGACAGCUCCCUGGAGGAGGAGCAGUUCACAGCCACCAUGCAGGCCCAGGGACUACGCCACUCGGCAGCUGCCACUGCCCUCCCCCUCAGCCACGGUGCAGCCCGGAAGUGGUUCUACAAAGACCCACAGGGAGAGAUCCAAGGCCCCUUUACAACACAGGAGAUGGCAGAGUGGUUUCAAGCGGGCUAUUUCUCCAUGGCUCUACUUGUGAAGCGUGGCUGUGAUGAGGGCUUCCAGCCACUGGGUGAGGUGAUCAAGAUGUGGGGUCGUGUGCCCUUUGCCCCAGGGCCCUCGCCACCCCCACUGCUGGGAAACAUGGACCAGGAGCGGCUGAAGAAGCAACAGGAGCUGGCAGCAGCGGCCUUGUACCAGCAGCUGCAGCACCAGCAGUUUCUUCAGCUGGUCAAUAGCCGCCCCCUCCAGCAGUGUGGGCUCCGGGAAAAGGCGGCUCUGGGGGACCUGACACCACCGCAGCAGCAGCAGCUUACCGCCUUCCUGCAGCAGCUCCAAGCUCUCAAACCUCCCAGAGGUGGGGACCAGAACCUGCUCCCGACGAUGAACCGGUCCUUGUCGGUGCCAGAUUCGGGCUCCCUCUGGGACAUACAUACCUCAGCCUCAUCACAAUCAGGCGGUGAGGCCAGUCUUUGGGACAUACCAAUUAACUCUUCGACUCAGGGUCCAAUUCUAGAACAACUCCAGCUGCAACAUAAAUUCCAAGAGCGCAGAGAAGUGGAGCUCAGGGUGAAGCGGGAGGAGGAGGAGCGCAAGCGCCGGGAGGAGAAGAGACGCCAGCAGCAGCAGCAGGAGGAGCAGAAGCGGCGGCAGGAAGAAGAGGAGUUGUUUCGGCGCAAGCAGGUACGGCAACAGGAGCUACUGCUGAAGCUGCUGCAACAGCAGCAGGCAGUGGCCGCAGUCCCAGUGCCCCCUGCACCCAGCUCCCCACCCCCACUGUGGGCUGGCCUGGCCAAACAAGGACUCUCCAUGAAGACGCUGCUUGAGCUGCAGUUGGAGGGCGAGCGACAGCUGCAUAAGCAGACUUCGCCUCGGGAGCCAUCACGGGCUCAGGCCCCCAACCACCGAGUGCUUGGGGGCCUGGGCGCAGCCCCCCAGAACCAGUGGGUAUCUGAGUCUGGGCCACUGUGGGGCGGGCCCGACAAGAGUGGGGGCGGCAGUGUCGGCCUGGGGCUUUGGGAGGACACCCUCAAGAGCAGCGGGAGCCUGGCCCGCAGCCUGGGCCUGAAGAACAGCCGGAGCAGCCCCUCUCUCAGUGAUUCGUACAGCCACCUGUCAGGUCGGCCUGUGCGCAAAAAGACAGAGGAGGAAGAGAAGCUGCUGAAGUUGUUACAGGGCAUCCCCAGACCCCAGGAUGGCUUCACCCAAUGGUGUGAGCAGAUGCUGCACACACUGAGCACCACGGGCAGCCUGGAUGUGCCCAUGGCUGUAGCGAUCCUCAAGGAGGUGGAAUCCCCCUAUGAUGUCCAUGAUUAUAUUCGUUCCUGCCUGGGGGACACGCUGGAAGCCAAAGAAUUUGCCAAACAAUUCCUGGAGCGGAGGGCUAAGCAGAAAGCCAGCCAACAACGACAGCAGCAGCAGCAGCAGGAGGCUUGGUUGAACAGCAGCUCUCUGCAGACGGCCUUUCAGACUAACCACAGCACCAAACUCGGCCCUGGAGAGGGCAGCAAGGCCAAGAGGCGUGCACUAAUGCUGCACUCGGACCCCAGCAUCUUGGGGUACUCCCUGCAUGGACCCUCUGGUGAGAUCGAGAGCGUGGAUGACUACUGACCAGCCCGUCCCACCAGCCCCCCUGGGCUGUAGGCCAGGGGCAACAGCAGCAGCUUGGACCCUUGGGUCCCCAGCCUGCAAGCUCCCAACAAGGAGC